AUAUUAAGACAUGGAUGGACUUUUUUAAUAAAUUGGUCAAGAAAAUUCAUAUUAAUAAAAGAGAUGAUACUGCUGCUGCACUUUCUGAUAGCAUUAAUGAUCAUGCUAUGAAAGAUGAGGACAAAGUUGCUGCUACGUUAAUGUUACUAUCUCAUUUUAUACCACCAAAAGGAAUGCUUCGACUAAAUAAACAAUAUUAUAAAGCAUCUAUAGCAGAUUCUAAAGAUAGUAUAAUAAGACACGUAAUGAACGCUAAUAACAUUCAAAAUGUGAAAGAAGAUAUCAUCAAGAAAGCAAAAAUAUUGAACGUAUCUGUUCAACCUUAUAUCAUAGUAGUAGGACCCACAAUUUCCGAAAUUACUCAUUCAUAUGUUAGUAUAAAUAACGUGUUGUAUAAUGCAGCAUCUACUCUUGAUGCUUUUGAUAUCUGUUUCAAAUCAUAUCAUGUUUUCCACGUUAAAUAUCCAGUGUUUUCCGAACAUCUGUGGAUGUUAUUUCAAAAAGGUUUAUAUAAAUUUACGACUAAGUGGGAUAAAAUUAUACCACAUAUUGAGUAUUUAAUUGAUUAUUUAAAGAAUGAAAAUUACAAGAAUACGCAACAAGUUGAAAUAGUACAUGAAAAUGAUUAAUCUUUAAAAAAUCUGGAAUUACAAUAAAAAGAUUCUUUUUCCAAAGCUGAUUUUAUAAAGAAAAGUUUUAUGAGGGACGUACAAUUAGUUGUAUUUCUAAAUAUUUUUAAUCUAUAAAAAUGUAUGAUAAGA